AUGGCUUCUUUACACAUAACCGACCUGUUCGAGAGGGACAAUUGUGGAGGGUAUCGAAUCCCUGCACUGCUCCACAUUCCGAACUCAAACACAAUUUUGGCGUUUGCGGAGAGGAGACUUGGCUGCUAUGAUGAAAAUGCUGAUGUGCUUUACCUGCGCAGCGGCACGUAUGACAAAUUUUCAAAGGAUUUUCAGUGGGAGGAUGCAAAACCUAUCCAGUCUGCACAACUAAAGCAACACCGAUCCAUGAAUCCUUCUCCCAUCUAUGAGAAAAACACGGACACUGUCUUUCUCUUCUUCAUUGCAGUCGAACGAUCAAAGACUGAGCAAGAGCAAAUCAGGAGUAGAAAAAACGCCGCACGACUUUGUUAUGUUUCCAGUAAGGACAAAGGGCAGACCUGGAGUGAAACUAAUGAUCUAACAGGGUGUACCAUAGGUCACACCAUCAAUACAUGGGCAACAUUUGCUCUGGGUCCAGGCCACGGCAUUCAGCUAGGGAAUGGCCGUCUUGUUAUCCCUGCCAGUGCUCAUGAGAUACAGUCCAAUAACGAAGUCAGGGUAUGGGCUUUCACUUUCUUUAGUGAUGAUCAUGGAGAGUCCUGGCAGUUUGGGAACUUUGUUUCUGGGGAGGAGUGUGGGGAAUGUCAGAUGGUGUUGGUGGAUCAAGGCAAUGCAUCCAGUGAGCAAGCUUUAAUGUAUUGUAAUGCUCGGAGCAAUAAACGUGGUGAGAAACAGUAUCGGGUGGAAGCUUUCAGUAAAGAUGGUGGAAAAACCUUCACAGAAGGGCAACUGAUAAAACAGCUGGUUGAACCUCCAGGAGGUUGCCAUGGCAGCAUCAUCAGUUUUCCUGCCUCAGAUAUUCCAUAUUUCAAAAACUUCCUUGACAUUAAACAGUAUAUGGGAGAUGCCACCUCAGAUUUUGACAUUAUAUUGUUCUCCCACACCACAAACUCCACAUCACGGAAGGAUUUAGGAAUUUACCUUCGUCCCUAUUCUGGUAGUCCUCAAGCCUGGACAAGUCCUUGGGUCAUUGUCGACGGUGAAUGUGCCUACUCAGAACUGGCAUUUGUGAAACUUCCUGAGGAGAGCAAUCCUAUUGUUACUUGUUUAUUUGAAUGUGGGCCUAUAAAUGAUAAGAUCUCAUUUUGUGUUUUGCAAAUUGAUGAUAUCAUUCAGAACACUGUAAAGAAAAUGCUCUGAUCUUGGGAAUCCAGAAGCAGAUACAUCCAUAAUUUGAGGAUACAUUUUCUCGGCUCACAAAUUGUACGUUAAUCAUUUGUAAAAGCCUUGUGGUAUGUUAACUGAAGCAAAGGAACUUUGUAAUGCUUGCUAACUUUGAAAUGAAAAUGCAGAUAUAGCCACUGAAGCACUAUUAUUAAAUGCAGACAAUCGCUGCACAAGCCUAUUAGUAAUUUUACAAUGCUUACUGCUA